CCUGCUUACGCAGGAAUCUCAAACACUGGGAAUUGUGUUAUAUGAACGCCAUUUUGAUUCUAUUGAUAGGUCACAGUGCACGUUUUAUUCUAAAUGUGAGCCAUAAUGAGGGUCAGGUACCCGUAGUUUCCUGAUCAGCUUACUUUGUACAGGUCAGCCGCUGUAUAAUACGUAUCGUCUUUGAGACCAGACUGCCCCCACAGGCAAGAUAAAUAGGGUGGUCCCACGAAGAGGAACGCAGCACACCGUGUACUAUAGUGGAAUGAUAACGAGGUAGCUGCUUAUAUGCUGUUUCGAAUACGUGUGCUAAUAUUGAGAUUGUAGGAAAUAUUUAUUGUAAUGGUGUUUGUUUUGUAUCGUUCAUGUUACAGGUUGGACAAAGCACUGACACCCCCUCUGGCUGUUAGUAGUCGCCGAGCUCCAGCUGAUUGCGUUGAGUCCCUUGUGGACACUUGAAUGAUCAAUUAAUCCAAACUGAGCAGUUUAUGACUAUUCGGAUCGCUGUGGCCGCUCGUGUCGGCAAAGCCAUCCACCUUUUUUGACCGAGGACUAUUUAUAGAAGCGGAUAUCUUCUACUUUGAGUUGGCUGAAGAUCCUUUACAAAGACAAGGCCCCUGUCUCCUCCCCAGCCUCGCUUACCAUCAUUUUAUUGAAGACAUGGGGGAUACUGGUAGUGAGCGCAGCAAACCUUUACCAACUCGGUGUCCCUGUGGAUUUUGGGGGUAAGAUGUCGCACAUCAUGUAUGAUUUGUUGUGGAGAUGGGUUAAUGUAGGGAUGGUAAUUAAUGUCGCCUAGGCUAAAUCUAUUGUUCUGUUGAGCAGACCGGGUGGGGGUUGGGGAUAUGUUGAUGGCUGCGCUAGCUACACAAAACGGAUUCAUAUCUGAAUGUUUUUAUAUGUAUAUCACACCUCUGUCCGUGAGUGUCGUUAUAUCAAAGCGUCAAAUCAUGCUCUGGAGAUUUCACAACUGUGGUUCUGAAUUCUUUUAAGUUUUCUGGUUAGAAUCUGAUGUAGUCUAGGCUAUUAUUCGCUCUAGUUCGGCUAGCUAUGUCUCCUUAAAUGGAAAUGUAGCCAGUCAUAUAGCUAUGAUAUCUUAACUGAAGAUGAAACGUUGGCACUUUAUCCAAUGUUCUCCAGACUGUCAUUAUAGUGUAACAACAAUCGAGUUACAGCACGUUCCUCCCUCACAUUCCAGUCUCCUUUGUGAAAUAGAGGGACCAAGCAAAGAUUAAAGCCUGUACUAGGAAUAAAGCAUGGUUGAUUUGUUUGAACUGGACAGUUAAUCCUGUAUGGGGGGCUCUGAUAUAUUGAUCCCUGGAGGAUUUUAUUACCAAAACCAUGGCCAUCUUUUUCGUGCCAUGUCAUCAACUAGACACACUGAGGAUCUUUAGGCUGUGUUGUAUGUGAGUUAACCUAACGUAGUUGGUGUGAGAGAAACGCCUGAGUUCGGUUUUCAGCGGAAAAGGAAGCUAGGUUGAAAAUGGCUGUAUCCCUGAAAACCGGAACAUCCGGCUGUUGGCAACUCUGCUUAGGCUACAUGUGAGCAAACUGAAUUACUCACACCUGUCAACGUCAGGUGACGCAAUCGGCAGCUUGUUUACUGCUCCUGCAGUCAACACCUGGUUUGAGGUGUCUGAAGCUUGUCAGUUUUCCCCUCUGAAGGCCUCACAGCCCUCAGGCUUUCUUUCCUUGUAGCUGUGUGUGUGUGUGUGUGUGUGUGUGUGUGUGUGUGUGUGUGUGUGUGUGUGUGUGUGUGUGUGUGUGUGUGUGUGUGUUAAACAUAUCUCGUUUAGAGUAUGCCUGAUUACAGCCAGAGCCAUGAACAAACAUCCUGUUCAGUUUGAGCAUUGCUCUUGAUUAGGGCUGUCAUGGCAGGCUGUCUCAUUCAACAUUGGGGGGGGGGGGGUCGUCUAUCUCAACACUGCAGGAUAUAGGCUUAGCAUUUAGAAGUUAGCUAAUUUCAAGAAAUUCGGGACGAAUUUGCAGCGCCGUCCUGUUUUUAGGUCAGUUCUUACCUGAUGCGUAUAAUUGUGACAGACCCAUAUAUUUCUAUGGACAUUGUCCAUUGGACAGACUAUUUUAGAUUUAUAUUCUGUUUUGAUGAACAUGUUAGCUCAGAGGAAGCCCUUAGGGAGAUGGGAAUGAAGGAAGACGAGGCAUUAGGUUAUAACGUGUAAGCUGAAAGUGGGUAGGCAGACAAGUCUUCAAUGUAGUGAAGGGAUUCAACGAUUAAGCUAGCAUGGGGCUGGUCAGAACUCACUUCUAUGAUGGAGGCUUUUCUAGAUAUAGGCCUAGUCACUGUACUGCUGAAUGAUGUGAUGUACGUGGGGAAAUUGCAGUUAAGGUCAUGGUAGGACGAGUCCUAAAUGUAUCCCAGGUCAAUUGGAACACUGCAUUGGUCACGUUCCCUCCAGAGGGCACAAUGGUCUGAAUACCUUAGUCCCAGCCUCUCCUGUAUUGACAGGGAUCACAGAGCUCUGAACAGAAACGUCCCAGCAUUGUGCCCUCCUAUUAAAGUGAGUGUCAAAGAGACGUCCAGAAUGAGAACAACCAUUAGCCUACCUCUGUAAACGUGAUGUCAUUGAGGGAGGGAUUCAAAGGAAAGCCUGAGAAAAUGCUCCAUGUUUAGUGGGAUAUGUUGUUGUUUCUGUUGAGUUGAACAGGUUUUUGAUUCUAUAUGGAAGGGCUUGAUUUGUUUGCAUGUGUGUCAUGGAGUUUAGUCUGCCAUGUGUUGAGUUGGCCUAUUCCACAUGAUUAGGAUUGUGAGAGGAUAGAUUCUCUGUUUGGUUUUCUAUUUAGGCCUAUAGUUUGUCUAGGCUAUUUCUGAAUGCAACAUCUUGUAAUGUAUGCAGUAUUUCAAAAAUGUGAUUGAUCCACAACAUUGUUGGGCCUAUCCAUGUUGAGUUGAUUAGCCUACUUCAGUCAGUAAUGAACCCUCACUGGCGGUUGGUCAGUUGUCCUAAAAGGCAAAGCCCCUGUCAGAAUGGCCACUUUGCACAUCUGCUUAGCCUGGACUGAUUAGCUUGUUAACCAGUGAGGGGCGAGAUCAAAGGGAUGUAGGUCUACCUGUUACUCAUUUGUUGCAGUAAAAAAGAUUGACUUUAUUACUACCUUGUGCUCCUUCCCUUUUUCAAUGGUUUGCGACGCCCUUUACAUUCCCCUCCCCCAUAGCCUUUGUUUGUUUCCCCCUUCUCUUCUUCCCUGCCCUGACUUCCUGUCAUCUGUCACCCCUUGCCAUCAGCUUGUUUUCACUCACUCUCUGUAGCUAUGGCAACCUCAUCGGUCCAUCACUGUCUGGGUACAAAAAAAUGGGUCACGUUUGAGUGUCCUGAGAGAGAAUGGGGGGGGGGGGGGGGUAGUAAAAUGUAUUUUUUAUUUGUUAUUUUGCUACAAAGAGGAUGCAGAUUGCAUUGACGUUGUUUAGUGGGCUUGGUACCAUUUUCCAUUCUGACUGAUUUUUAUUUUUUAUCUCUCCCCAGGUCCAGUAAAACCAUGAACCUCUGCUCAAAAUGUUUUGCUGGUAAGCCUUUCCAUAUGUGUGGACAAUGGGUUUCUGUUAUGUGGCAGAGCUCUGUGUGUACCUGAGACAUCAGGAGGGGGUGUGCUGUCUGGUGCAGAUGGCUGCCUCGUGAUGUCUCUGCUUUACGGAAACGCUGUUUUUGUUACACUUUUGAUUAGCCAACAUAAUUGGUAUGUUAGAUAUAUUUUGUAGAAGUAAAGUAUUUUCCCUUAUGGUAUAAAAUCCCUGUGAAAUUUUCCAAAGGCAUGCAGUAAAAAAAUACUAGGCUAUUUUCAGGAUCCAGAAAGGGCCAAAAACCUAUUUCCAGAUGGACUUUCUUACUGGCAUAAUGGCUAUCUCUCAAGAAUGAGUAAGAUGGAUGUCAGGGAAAAUAUUCACUGAUAGCAUGCAUUGCUGUAUGUCAGGGUGUUGGCUCUCAAGCCUGCUGUGGUAAAAGAUUGCAGCUCUAAAAUGGAGAUUGUGACUGAAGUUUUGCGACUGGCUUCUGUAGUCCUUUUUGGGAGGCAUGGAAGAGAAAAAGUAUGCUGGAACUCUGGCAGUGUCCAUGGAAACCAGUGAGCCCGGCAAAGACGGGACCUAAGGGGGCAGCAUUGCUUAGAAUAGAUUGGAUACACAAGAGCACAGUGACAGCAGAAAUGAGUUCUAUGGAGGAUUAAGAUAUGGCCCAGCUGCUUUUUGAGGUUGUGCUGCCCUCAUGGGGUAGGGAGUUGAUGGAUAGACUCUCUGGUAGCCUAAAAUAGGGUCAUGCUGAAGGGUCAUUCUGAGGUAUUGACCUCCUCUCAAGCCAGACCAUCUGAGUUUAUGAUUGGUGUCUUGGGGGGAAUGGUGCAUGCCCCCACGUGUUUGUGUGCAUUGAAGCAGCUGGUCUGUCAAGAGCCAAUGUAUGUGGCGCAUGGGGCACUAAAAAGCAUUAUAUUUAAUCUGUCUUUCAGAUAUCGAGAAGAAGCAGACAGACGAGGACUGUGCCCCAAAACCCAGCCCGAGCACUGGGAGUAGCCAAUCGGCUGUCUUCAGUAGCGAGAUGAGCAGCAGCAGUAGCCAAUCCUUAUUGUCGUCACCACCCACUAGCUCCGAGCAGCCAUCGGCAUCACCCGAAGACCCUGUCCCCAUGUUAUCCACUACACAGGAGGGUAAGAUGAAGGGUCCACAACUUCGAGUUUUGAGAUGUUGCACUUUCUGAAACCUUUGAAUGAAUUACCAUAGCGGAGUUCAUUUUCAGUCAUUCAAUCAGACCUGGGUUCAAAUACUAUUUAAGGUAUUUCAAUUACUUUCACAUAGAUUUUGAAGAAAGUAUGUAUUAGGAAACAAUUGUAUAUUUAAAUACUCACAUUUAAAAUACCCCUAGGACCAAACUGACCUAGGUUCAAAUGAAUUUAGAAACAAUUAUUUGAAAAGAGUAUUUAUGAAAUUAUUUAAAUACUUUCAAAUAAUUGCAAUGAAGUAGUUGAUUCAUCCAAAUUAUUAGAAAAUACACAAGUAUUACAAAUACUAGUGUCUGGAACUCUAUUGGAGCAAUAUAACGUCAUUCUUCCACAAUAAAUUCAAUAAUUUGGUGUUUUGUUGAUGGUGGUGGAAAACGCUGUCUCAGACGCUGCUCCAGAAUCUCCCAUAAUUGUUCAGUUGGGUUGAGAUCUGGUGACACACACACACACACACACACACACACACACCCUUCAAACCCCCUCUUUCAAAGUCACUGAUAUCUCUUCUAGCCAUGCUAGCCAAAAUAAUGGUCAACUGACCAUUUUUAUACAUGACCCUAAGCAUGAUACCACCCUGCAUCCCACUGCUGGCUUGCCUCUGAAGCUAAGCAGGGUUGGUCCCUGGCUAGAAGACCAGAUGCUGCUGGAAGUGGUGUUGGAGGACCAGUAGGAGGCACUCUUUCCUCUGGUAAAAACAUGUAUAUAAAUCAAAUCCCAUUGCCCCAGGGCAGUGAUUGGGGACAUUACCCUGUGUAGGGCGCUGUCUUUCGGAUGUUAAACAGGUGUCUUGACUCUCUGUGGUCACUAAAGAUCCUAUGGCACUUAUCAUAAGAGUGUUAAUCCCGGGGUGCUGGCUAAAUUCCCAAUCUGGACCUCAUACCAUCAUGGCCACCUAAUCAUCCCCAGCUUCCAAUUGGUUCAUUCAUCCCCCUCUCCCCUGGAACUAUUCCCCAGGUCGUUGCUGUAAAUGAAAAUGUAUUCUCAGUCAACGUACCUGGUAAAAUAAGGCUAAAAUGGAAAAACAAUUAUGGGAUGCUAAUUGCUUAAUUAACUCAGGAACCGCACCUGCUCUCAAUGUACACUUAGUGUACAAAACAUUAGGAACACCUUCCUAAUAUUGAGUUGCACCCCGUUUUUGCCCUCAGAACAGCCUCAAUUAGUCGGGAAUGAACUACAAGGUGUCGAACGCGUUCCACAGGGAUGCUGGCCCAUGUUGACGCCAAUGCUUCCCACAGUUAAAUUCGCUGGAUGUCCUUUGGGUGGUGGACCAUUCUUGAUACACACAGGAAACUGUUGAGGGUGGAAAAACCCAGCAGUGUUGCAGUUCUUGACAUAAACUGGUGCACCUGGCACCUACCAUACCCCAUUCAAAGGCACUUAAAUAUUUUCACCCUCUGAAUGGCACACAUACAUAAUCCAUGUCUCAAUUGUCUCUGCUUAAAAAUCUUUCUUUAACCGGUCUUCUCCCCUUCAGCUACACUGAUUGACGUAGACUUAACAGGUGACAUCAAUAAGGGAUCAUAGCGUUCACAUGGUCUGUCAUGGAAAGAGCAGGUGUUCUUAAUGUUUUGUACACUCAUUGUAUAUACUGUAUGUGUUUCAUGAUCUGACAUGGUGACAGCCUGCUUCUAUUUCUGCGUCUGGAGGAGUGGUGCUGUGUGUCUCACUCUGCUGGCAAUGCAUGUACUCAGCCUGGCCCAGUUAGGAAGCAUAGUGGGGCGACAUGGUUGCACUGACAAUCUGUUAAGGCCUGCUUGCUUCUCCCAGGAUUUCACUUAAGGUCUCUAGUUUUAAACCAAAAGCAGUAUUUUUUUAUUUUUAUAUAUAUAUAUUUUUUUUUUUUUACCUUCAUGUUAAGAAUGUAAGGCUAUGUUGACAUAAAUAGAGACUUGGCAUGUCAGGAUUUUUAUAUGGAUUUGAAAUGACUUGAGCUUAUCUGGUUGCAUAACAUUGUCUUUAAAUUCUUCAAGAUUUUUUGUUCUCCAAAGCUGUAUCUAAUUCCCUGCUUCUUGGUCUAGGUAACACCCAUCUGGGCUCUUGAUCAAUGAGGAAUGUUUCUUGUCUCACUUUAUUUUUCUUCUCCACAGGAGUAUUGUCAUGUACAGAAACCGCCCAAGGCACCCUCUGUACACCCACAAAACGGCCUUGCGAAUCAGGUACAGCCUUGCUCCUGCUCCCUGUGUGUGUUUGUGCGAUACUGUACGUCCCACGUUGGACUCUGUGACUCUGUAACCUUCUGUUCUUUCCGCUUCAGGGCCGGAGAGCGAGGCGUCACCGGAGAAACGGGCACGGGGGGACUCUGAGGGGGAGGCGGCUAGCGAGGAGGCUAGCCGAGGGCCCAAGCAGAGAAACCGCCGGCGCUGCUAUCGCUGCCAAACCAAACUGGAGCUGGUGCAGCAGGAACUGGGCUCCUGUCGCUGCGGUCAGUACUACAUGGGAACAACACACACACAUCUGCCCUUGGUUUCCAUGUCUCCUCACUGUGACUUCACUCAUUUUAACAUUAUUUUCUUCUUCCAUCUUUCUCUCUUUCUGCCUCAUUCUUCCUCUCCUCUUUGUCUCCUAGGCUACGUGUUCUGCAUGCUCCACCGUCUACCUGAGCAGCACGACUGCCUGUUCGACCACCUGGGGCGCGGGCGCGAGGAGGCCGUCCUCAAGAUGGUGAAGCUGGACCGCAAGGUGGGCCGCUCGUGCCAGCGCAUUGGAGAAGAGUGCUCCUGAGUUGCCCCCGUUGACCGCCGGUCUCCACACGAGGCACUUCAAGAGAGGGGGAAGGGAGCGAGGGAGGGGGGGAGAAGAGGGAGAGAGCAUG